GUGACCACCGCUUGCAGGCACCAAUCGGGAAUCGUCGGCACUUUACGGAAAAUGCUUUAUGUUACCCGCCUUGGUUCCACGUAAUCUGGAGUGACCAGCGUUCCUGGAAUGUACCUGGCCAUCAGCUGGUAAUGAGUCAUGUCACCGACGAGUUGUUAACGUAAGCAAGCGUAAUUAGUGUCGCUGAGAAUGGACGAUAAAAGUGAUCAAUGCGGUGUUCUCUUCGUUUGCAUGGGUAACACAUGCAGAUCAACAAUGGCUGAAGGAAUUCUACGACAUCUUUUGAAAGAAAGGGAUCUUACAGAGAAGUAUCAUGUAGACAGUGCUGCAGUAAUGCACUGGCAAGUAGGCAAUCCAAUUGACAAAAGAACCCUGGCUGUACUGAAGGAAAAUAACAUUGACCCAUUUCAUCAUGUUGCACGCCAAAUCACCAGGAAUGAUUUCUACAGAUUUAACUACAUACUUGGUAUGGAUGACUUUAAUGUAAGUGACCUGCUUUCCAUGAAGCCAGCAGACUCUAAAGCCUAUAUUGGCCUUCUAGGAAGUUUUGAUCCAUCAGCCGAGGAUCCAGUGAUCCAUGAUCCUUUUUGUAGUAGCAAGACAAUAUUCCAAAGUGUGUACACAAGAUGCUAUGCCGCUUGUUCAGGUUUCCUGAACAGAAACACUCCAAGAACUACCGUAUGACGAAGGAAAAUAUGUAGGGAUGACAAUAGUGUUGAAUGGGCUAAACUUGGAUAAAAUUGAAUCAUCUUUACUCUUCUGGUUCAGUGCAUCCUAGUUUUAAUACACUAAGGUUUGAUUUAUAGAAUCUUUCCCUACCUUGAGGGUGUGACAGAGAAAUAUCUGACCCUCGGGGUGAUGUUUUUUGGUUGUCUAACCCGAGGCU